CUGUGCGUCUUGCGUCAUCAGUGCGCGCCGUGUCCUGUUUGUACCGCAGUCUAGGUUCAUCGGUGAAAUAAAGCGGCAGCGGGAUGAUUUCAGCGGCGGUUCUGCGCGGUAUCGGGACUCUGACCCGAACACGAGCCGCCUUCACAGCUCCUCUGGCUGUCAGAUGUUACUCUCAUGCUAAAGUGGAGACGGAUGAGGAGUUUGACUCCCGCUGGGUGACAUACUUCAGCAAACCAGACCUGGACACCUGGGAGCUGCGCAAAGGUAUGAACACUCUGAUUGGAUACGACCUCGUUCCAGAACCGAAGAUCCUGGACUCUGCUCUGCGCGCCUGCAGGAGACUGAAUGAUCUGGCCAGCGCCAUCCGCAUCCUGGAGGCCGUCAAGGAUAAGUCUGGUCCUCAUAAGGAGAUCUAUCCGUAUGUGAUCCAGGAGCUCAGACCCACGCUGCAGGAGUUGGGCAUCUCCACUCCAGAAGAGCUGGGCAUCCAUAAAGUCUGAGUCCACUCGGAUUCCUCAACGCAGCUAACAGACAAGGAUUUUGGAAAUUCCACGGGGUUUUCUACCUCUCUGCUCACUGUACGAUAUUCAGGAAGUCAAACUCAUCCCGUCCUGUAUGAAAAUAAAGGGCCUAAUAAACGAAGCAAUACUGAA